CUUCGGAGCAAGUAGGAACUAAUUUGUCCUCUGCGUCCAUCGUCUCGCUUUCGAGCCCAUCAAUUCCCCGCUCGUCGCACUUGUCGUCCUCGUCCUGCAUCAUUCAUGGCGACGGGCUCCCACCUCUUCCCUACCCGUACCGACGGUGCCACCGCCCCCUCGCUUGUCUCUUCUGCGCCCGCUGCAUAGCGCAUCCUACUACUAAUACUUGCCAAGAAGACGGUGCAUCCGCGCCAAGAAGAAGAAGGUCGAACGAGGAGGGGCGGAGAGAGCCAUGUCCGCCUCCGGCGCGGUGCCCGGGGCUGCUGCCGGCGCGGUGGCGGUGCCCACGGGGGAGUGCUACUUCUGCGCCGGCGCGCCGGCGGUGGUGUACUGCCGAGCGGACGCCGCGGGGCUCUGCCUGCCGUGCGACCGCCACGUCCACGGCGCCAACACGGUCUCCUGCCGCCACGCCCGGGCCCCGCUCUGCGCCGUCUGCCGCGCUGCCGCGGCCACCGUCCGCCGCGGCGCUGCCCGGUUCCUCUGCUCUAACUGCGACUUCGAGGAGCAGCAGCACGGAGAGGGGGAGCUGACGGAGCCGCCGCCGCUGCUGCACGACCGUGGCACGGUGGAGGGCUACACCGGGUGCCCCUCGGUAGGCGAGCUAGCGGCGAUCCUCGGUGUCUUCCUCGGCGACAAAGCGGCUGAGGCGUGGUGGCCUCUUUGGGAGGAGCCCCAGGUGCUCAGCUUCGACGACGUCGUCGUGCCGACCACCGCCUGCCAUGGCCUCCAGCCCCUCCUCAUCUCCUCUCCCAAGAACCGGAGCCCGCCCUGCGGGGAGCUGGACGGCGAGGUUCUCCGGCAGCUCGGGGAACUCGCCAAGUCGGAGGAGGCGGCAGCUUAUGUCGAGGACCCGGAGCCGGCCGGCGUUGAUCAGCUGCCUCUAUGGGGAUCUUCAGAUUGCGCUGCUAUUGGGCACGGUGAUCUUGGGACUCCUGGAGGCGAGGCCAUCUGCGCGGCAGCAAUCCUGCAUGUACCUCCGUAUCAGCAGCAGCUGCAGGAGGCGUGGAUCGCGACGAGUUGCAACGAACUUCCCGAGCAAGUCUCGGCGAGCUCGUCGGCCGAGCCGAGCCUGUCGUCGUUCGUGGAGGUGUCGGAGGUCUGCCCCAGCCUGAGCCGCAGCGGCAGCAGCGCCGACGACGCCGCCAACGCCGGGCACGAUCACCCGUCGCCUGCAGCGGCACCUGUUGCGGCGACGCCGGCGCAAGCGCAAGCUGCAGCUCAGGCGACCAAGAAGGUCGGCGGCUACGACGUGGUCUACCCUGACCGCGGCAAGGUGAUCUCGCGCUACAAGGAGAAAAGGAAGAACAGGAUGUUCGGGAAGCAGAUCCGGUACGAGUCGCGCAAGGCCCGCGCCGACGGCAGGGUGAGGAUCAACGGCCGCUUCGCCAAGUCGAGCUAGCUAGUAGAUUUCGAGGACCGACGACGUACCCUUCUUGGUCUCCGUGGACUGGACGACGACGUUUCUGUACCCUACGAGUACGUAGCGUGGGUGCGAGGGAGCUAGGGGACGGCGUCGAUGCUGUGUGACUGUAC